AUGGGAAGCAGAGAGAAAUGGCUGGGAUGGGAAGCAGAGAGAAAUGGCUGGGAUGGGAAUCAGAGAGAAAUGGCUGGGAUGGGAAUCAGAGAGAAACGGCUGGGAUGGGAAUCAGAGAGAAAUGCGUGGGAUGGGAAGCAGAGAGAAAUGGCUGGGAUGGGAAGCAGAGAGAAAUGGCUGGGAUGGGAAUCAGAGAGAAAUGGGUGGGAUGGGAAGCAGAGAGAAAUGGGUGGGAUGGGAAGCAGAGAGAAAUGGCUGGGAUGGGAAUCAGAGAGAAAUGGCUGGGAUGGGAAUCAGAGAGAAAUGGCUGGGAUGGGAAGCAGAGAGAAAUGGCUAGGAUGGGAAGCAGAGAGAAAUGGCUGGGAUGGGAAGCAGAGAGAAAUGGCUGGGAUGGGAAGCAGAGAGAAAUGGGUGGGAUGGGAAGCAGAGAGAAAUGGCUGGGAUGGGAAGCAGAGAGAAAUGGCUGGGAUGGGAAUCAGAGAGAAAUGGCUGGGAUGGGAAUCAGAGAGAAAUGGCUGGGAUGGGAAUCAGAGAGAAAUGGCUGGGAUGGGAAGUAGAGAGAAAUGGCUGGGAUGGGAAUCAGAGAGAAAUGGCUGGGAUGGGAAGCAGAGAGAAAUGGCUGGGAUGGGAAUCAGAGAGAAAUGGAUGGGAGAGAAAUGGCUGGGAUGGGAAUCAGAGAGAAAUGGCUGGGAUGGGAAGCAGAGAGAAAUGGCUGGGAUGGGAAGCAGAGAGAAAUGGCUGGGAUGGGAAGCAGAGAGAAAUGGCUGGGAUGGGAAUCAGAGAGAAAUGGCUGGGAUGGGAAUCAGAGAGAAAUGGCUGGGAUGGGAAUCAGAGAGAAAUGGCUGGGAUGGGAAUCAGAGAGAAAUGGCUUGGGAUGGGAAUCAGAGAGAAAUGGCUAGGAUGGGAAGCAGAGAGAAAUGGCUGGGAUGGGAAGCAGAGAGAAAUGGCUGGGAUGGGAAGCAGAGAGAAAUGGCUGGGAUGGGAAGCAGAGAGAAAUGGCUGGGAUGGGAAGCAGAGAGAAAUGGCUGGGAUGGGAAGCAGAGAGAAAUGGCUGGGAUGGGAAGCAGAGAGAAAUGGCUGGGAUGGGAAUCAGAGAGAAAUGGCUGGGAUGGGAAGCAGAGAGAAAUGGCUAGGGAUGGGAAGCAGAGAGAAAUGGCUGGGAUGGGAAGCAGAGAGAAAUGGCUGGGAUGGGAAGCAGAGAGAAAUGGCUGGGAUGGGAAGCAGAGAGAAAUGGGUGGGAUGGGAAGCAGAGAGAAAUGGCUGGGAUGGGAAGCAGAGAGAAAUGGCUGGGAUGGGAAUCAGAGAGAAAUGGCUGGGAUGGGAAGCAGAGAGAAAUGGCUGGGAUGGGAAGCAGAGAGAAAUGGCUGGGAUGGGAAGCAGAGAGAAAUGGCUGGGAUGGGAAGCAGAGAGAAAUGGCUGGGAUGGGAAGCAGAGAGAAAUGGCUGGGAUGGGAAGCAGAGAGAAAUGGCUGGGAUGGGAAGCAGAGAGAAAUGGCUGGGAUGGGAAGUCAGAGAGAAAUGGCUGGGAUGGGAAGCAGAGAGAAAUGGCUGGGAUGGGAAGCAGAGAGAAAUGGCUGGGAUGGGAAUCAGAGAGAAAUGGCUGGGAUGGGAAGCAGAGAGAAAUGGCUGGGAUGGGAAGCAGAGAGAAAUGGCUGGGAUGGGAAUCAGAGAGAAAUGGCUGGGAUGGGAAUCAGAGAGAAAUGGCUGGGAUGGGAAGUCAGAGAGAAAUGGCUGGGAUGGGAAGCAGAGAGAAAUGGCUGGGAUGGGAAGUAGAGAGAAAUGGCUGGGAUGGGAAUCAGAGAGAAAUGGCUGGGAUGGGAAGCAGAGAGAAAUGGCUGGGAUGGGAAUCAGAGAGAAAUGGAUGGGGUGGGAAGCAGAGAGAAAUGGCUGGGAUGGGAAGCAGUGA